AUGGUCUGGGAGUUGUUGGAAGCUUCUUGGAAGCAGGUGGAAGAGCAGGCUGCAGAAAUACAUGCCUUAAAAGAACAGCAACUAAUUCUGCAGGAAGCCUUGAAGAAGGCAAGAGAAGGCAGGAAUGCUGCUGAGGAACAGGCAGGGGCUAUAGCUGUUCGUGUCACGAAGAUUAAACGGAACCGGCAGCAGAAGAAAGACCCCUACAAAAUCAGAGCACUCAACAUCCCUAAAGACUGGAGUUCCUCAGGUUCAGGGGAUUCCAGUGAGGCAGAGUGGACUGAGGGGGAAGGUAGUAGCGAGGAGAAAGUGAAAGUAAGACCUCUGAUUAUCAACAAGGCCAAAGGGCCACCUGGAGGGCAAGCACAGGUUACUCGCACUGUAAGGGAUUUCAGCCAGCAGGAGCUGACUGAAAUCACCAAAAAUACUAAACAGCAGCCGGGGGAGUAUUUAAGCCACUGGUUGGUACGGCUUUGGGACCAAGGCUAUACAGUGACAAGGCUAAUAAAGACAGCCGUUCCUGGAGACCCACGCCCACAUAUACCCCUCACAAUAUAUUGGUCUAAAGGCAACAUACAGCGGGUACUGGCCUUAUUGGAUACAGGGGCAGAGGCCACUCUCUUACAUGGAAACCCAGACAAGCAUGUAGGACCUAUUGUGCACAUUAAUGCAUAUGGGGAUGGGGAGGAAAGCACAAAGCAAGUGCAAGUACGUCUUGCUCUGGGAAAGUCUGCACCCUUUUGGGCUACAGUUUUGGUCUCUCGAGUCCCAGAAUACAUAAUUGGUAUUGACUUACUCAAGGGAAAGGAAUUCUGGACCCCUGUGGGCAGGUUUGCUUUUGGCAUUCGCUCCAUCAUAGUGGGGAGAGCAAAGUGGACUCCUUUGCAUAUUCCCCCACCGAAGCAGCUAGUGAACAUAAAGCAAUAUCGCUUGCCAGGUGGGCAUAAGGAAAUUUCAGAGACUAUAAAAGGACUCUUGGAGGUAGGAAUCCUCAGGCCUGCAAUGUCUGCCUUUAAUUCCCCCGUGUGGCCUGUAAAAAAGCCAGAUGGAAGCUGGAGAAUGACUGUAGACUAUCGUGGGUUAAACAAACAGGCUCCACCUUUGGCUGUAGCAGUACCAGAUAUGGUUACAUUACUAGAAAAGAUAGAAAAGAAUGCUGGGGCGUGGCAUGUUGUGAUUGAUCUGGCCAAUGCAUUUUUCAGUAUAAGCAUUGAUAAGGCCUCGCAGGACCAAUUUACAUUCACAUGGGAGGGACAGCAAUAUACCUUCCAAGUUUUGCCACAAGGGUAUUUGCAUAGUCCCACCCUAUGCCAUGGACUCAUAGCAAGAGAUUUGAGUCAAGUGGUCCUGAGUCCUGUUUUGUUCAUAGCCCAUUAUAUUGAUGAUAUCAUGAUUUCAGGCCCUACAGAACAGGAGGUGCAGCAAGGACUGACCACUGUAGUGGACCAUUUGCGAUCUCGAGGUUGGGAAAUCAACCCAAAGAAGAUACAGGGCCCAGCUCAACAGGUACAGUUCUUAGGGGUGGUUUGGGCCGGACCGGUGAGACACAUACCGGAAAAAGUGCUACAUGUAAUAGCAGCCUUGCAGCCUCCUACCUCUAAGAAUGAGGCCCAGCGCAUUGUAGGUCUUAUGGGUUUCUGGAGGCAACACAUACCACAUCUGGCUCAGAUCUUGCGCCCCAUUUAUCAAGUGACUAGGAAGAAAGCUCAGUUUGAAUGGGGGGAACGUCAACAGACUGCACUAUCAGAGGCAAAGGCUGCUAUAGAAACAGCAAUGCCUCUAGGUCCUUAUGUAAAAGGGCUCCCUUUUGAGCUACAAGUCUCCGCUAACCAAGACGUAGCUGUAUGGAGCUUAUGGCAAAAAGGGCAAGGAGGGAAACGUGUGCCUUUAGGUUUCUGGUCGCGAAGGCUGCCAGACGCUGCGGCAAACUACUCCCCAUUUGAACGUCAGCUGUUGGCAUGUUACUGGGCUCUAGUCGAGACUGAAAGACUCACCGGCCAUGAGUUAGUAGUAAUGAGACCCAGUAUACCCAUUAUGAACUGGGUGAAGGAUGAGUCAGCUAGUCCUCGUCAUGGCAGGGCGCAGCAAUCAUCCAUUAUCAAAUGGAAGUGGUAUAUUUCAGAGAGGGCUCAUCCUGGCCCUCAGGGAGUGAGUGCCCUGCAGGAACAGGUAUUGGCUCUCACUCCAGUGAAUACAGAAAUACCCGAAGAUGUUACAACUCUAGAAGCAUCUCCUAUCAAAGAAGCUCCCCCAUACCUGGAAGUAGAUUGUGAGGCUGUGUGGUUUACUGAUGGUUCAGCUAAAUAUAAGGGGGGAGAACGAAUCUGGCGUGCAGCUGCCCUAAACCCCAAAUGACAGUUCACGCUAACCAGAGCUGGGAAAGGAAAAUCCAGCCAAUAUGCAGAGUUAAUGGCUGUGGUAAUGGCCAUAGAACAAGCUGUAGAACAGCAGGAAGAUGUUGUAUAUGUUUACACAGAUUCCUGGGCAGUAUAUAAAGGAUUGACCACGUGGUUUCCCAAGUGGAAACGGGAAGGGUUUACCAUCCAUAAGCGCCCAUUAUGGGGACAGGAGCUAUGGCAACGUCUUGAUAAUGUGCUAUCAUAUAUAUCUGUGUAUGUAGGACAUGUUGAUGGACAUGUUUCUGGCACUCCUGAAGCAUUGUACAACCAAGCAGUAGAUCAGUUGGCCCGUGUGCGAGCUGUGGGACCCACGCAGAACCAGGAAGAUGAAUUGUUGAUCCUUGCUCGAUGGGCCCAUGAAAAGUCUGGGCAUUUGGGUGCCAAGGCUACCAGGGAAUGGGCAUUGCAGCGAGGUAUUCCUUGUUCUAUAGAUGCAGCUACUACGGCAACUGCUAGAUGUGACCUGUGUUCUGCUUUAAAGCAGGUUCCUCUUUCAAAGGUACCAAUGGGACAGCUACACCGAGGCAAGGCACCUGGGCAAAUAUGGCAAGUAGAUUAUAUUGGUCCUCUACCUCAGCAUGGCAGAUGGCAAUAUCUACUAACCAUGGUUGAUACCUGCUCAGGUUACCUCCUAACUUAUCCAUGUGCCAGAGCCACCCAGCAGAACACCAUCCGGGGUCUGGAACUUCUUAUCAGAAGAUAUGGAGUACCCAUGGCAAUCCAGACAGAUAAUGCUAGCCACUUCCGAGGAGCACAGGUACAAGAUUGGGCUCGUGAGUGGGACAUCCAUUGGGUGUUUCAUAUCCCCUAUCACCCAAGGGCAGCAGGGUUAGUAGAGAGGAUGAAUGGGCUAUUAAAACAAAAAAUACGACAACUAACUCCUGACCACACCCUAAAGAAAUGGGGAACUGUUUGGGAACUAGCAGAAUUUGAGUUAAAUAGUCGGCCUCUAGGAGCAGGCCAGACACCCCUCCAGAGGAUGGUGGGUUUAAAAGUACCUACCCCAGUGCCACACCUGAAGGUUUGGAAAGUUCAUCCAUAUGGUGUGUUACCUAUUCGAACCACCCCCAACAGUGCGGGGAUGGAUUUGAUAACUCCAAAAGAGGUGACUAUUCCUGCAGGAGGACAAACAAAUGUACCCCUGGGAAUUGGAGUCACAGUCCCUUCUGACACUUAUGGACGGAUUGCGCCACAAUCCAGCCUAGCCCUCAAAGGCCUUCAGAUACUAGGUGGGGUAGUGAAUCAUGAUGACCAAGAGGAAUUAAGUGUUAUUCUGCAUAAUACCAGCCCAUAUGAUCUAACCUGUGGGGCAGGUCAACGAAUUGCCCAGUUAUUAUGUGAGCGAAUACGCCUGCCUGCUAUACAAGAAGUGGUGAACCCAAAGCAAGACUCCACAGAUGUUGACUACAUCCCAGGGCAGAAAGUCUGGGUUGUAUAUCCAGAUAAACCAAAUCAGCCAGGAGAAAUAAUUUGUAAAGGACCAGGAGCGACGUAUUGGGUCAUAGUGGCGAAUGCUCCUUCUCCAAUAUGCCUGGAUAUGACAAAACUAAGGAAAAACCCAAGAUGA